AUGCCUGAAUCCUCCUUCUCCAUCCGCAGUCGUCGCGGCGACGAGCUCACGCGACUGGCGGACCAGCACAUGCAACAUGACCUGCAACCCGAAGAUCGCGACGUGCUGAAAAGCGCCGCCUCCAGAGUGUCCCUCUGGACGACCGUCGGCUCGGCAGUUGGAAUUGGCCUUGGCCUCUACGUCGCGUUCCGAUUGCGAAGCACGCGCAAGGCGUUUUUCGAGGCAUUCCGCGCAGCGGAGAAACCCACGCAGGUGGUGUUUGCGGAUGGUCGAACUGAAGCAAUCCCUGAUAUUACCCCGUUAUUGAAGCCGACAACAUGGGGAGACUUUGCGACAUAUUUCUUUGCUUCCGCUGGUGGACUCUUCUUGGGCGGGGAGCUGGGCUUCUUUGCCGGAGCAGCCAGUGGAAGUCGCAGUAUUACAAAGGACCCUGAGCGAAGGAAACGCAUCGAGAACGCAUUCCGGAAGUUCAGAGCAGACGUGCUGCGCAAGGAAGCGGACGCAUUGGACAGUGAUCAGAAUGUCUUUGAGAAAAUGUUUUAG